GUUGGUUACCAGUCUGCGAGUUCUGUCCGUCUGUCGGUCAGCGGUCAAGAUGGCGGACGUCUUGGAGAGUGGCGGGGCGGGACCAGGCUCUGUAGGAGGAGCCGGCAGCGUGGAUUGGCAGAAGCAUUGCGUUGCCUUGGAGAUGCAGCUGCUCAGGUUCCGUCUGCAGGCGGGGAAGAUCCGAGAGCUGCUGGCCGAGAAGAUGCAAGAGCUGGAGCAGAGGGUUACAGAGUCUGACCAACGGGCUGAGAGCGCCGAGAAACAGGUCCAUGUCAUGGAAGAGAAGCUGAAAUCUGCAAACAUACAACCCAGCGAAUCAGAGAACUCGUUGUACAGAAGGUACCAGGAGCUGACCAAUCAGGUGCAGGAGAAAGAUGCCGUGAUAAAGAGAUUAGAGGUGCAGCUGGAAAAACAGAUCUUAGUCAGAGCCCAGGAGGCGAAGACCAUUGAGGAGAAGGCUGCUAAAAUCAAAGACUGGGUUACAUUUAAGCUACGAGAGAUGGAGAUUGAGAACCAGAAACUGAAGAUGUCCAACCUGAAGCAGGCAGAACAGAUCAUGAUGCUGCAGGACAAACUCCAAGCUAUCUUGGAGAACCCUUCAUCUCCUGGACCACCCACCUCUCCUUUCACAGACACCCACCAGGUACCCUGCAGCCCCUUACACACCCCAAGCUGUCCAGGGACCCCGCCUGUCCAGGAGGAGACAGGCUGGGGAAGACAGACAGGCAUAGGGGACAGGUCAGAGCAGCCUUGUAAACGGAGCGGUGACCGAGGGGACAGAGGAGACACAACAGGCCACGGCACAGUGACAGUAACCCUGUCAAACACUCCCUGUCUGGGCAGCAGGGGCAGGGAGACUGGGGCUGGACCUGGUAGUCCUGUUCCGACCACUGGAGGUCAAGACCAACCACUAGGUGGUGCUACUCCCAGAGACCACUCCUCGGACGAGCUCAGCAGCAAGUUCCGCUCCCAACGUCUCCGCUCCUCCUCCUCUUCCUCCUCCUCCUCUUCCUCCACCUAUGAAACAACCCACGGGGGUCGCAGUAUCUCUGACACCCCUACCCCUACCUCCACCCCUAAAAGCCCUCUCCUCUGCCGUUCUCCGUCUAACUCCCACCCCUUCCAGACCACCGCCCAGACCCUGGCUCUACCCUCCCAUACUGGGACCAGCAUGACCUUACCCAAGGUGCGGACGCCCCUGACCCCCCGCGAUAGCAUCCAGCUGGUGAAGAAACACUACAGCCAGCCCCAGCCUGGAGGUCUGGACCGGCUGCACCACCUCAAUGUCCCCAUAAACAUGAUUGCCUCCAGCACCCAGAGCCCUGUGUCCCCUUCCAACUGCAAUCAUGUCCUGGAAGAGACAGAUAUAGAUGACGGGCUGCCUGACGGUAUGGAGGGGGUGGUGGAGGGGCCCGGGGCCAAAGGUCCUCCCAAGGAACAAGUGUUUGUUAGGUUGGCUGAGGAUCUGGAACUGCUGGACCCGGAUGUCCUGAAACCCCCCACCCCUCCUCUGCACCGGUUCCCCUCCUGGGAGAGCCGUAUCUAUGCUGUAGCCAAGUCAGGGAUGAGAGUAUCAGAGGCGACUGCAGGAGCCAGAGGUCCUGGACGAGGAUCCAGCUUGCCGCAGUACCCCUCCACAGGACCAUUCACUCACCUGAUUUACAAGAAUAUCAGUGUGCCCGUGUAUACCACACUCAAAGGGAAAGCCACUCAGAUCAGCAGUGUGCCCCUGCAUGAUGACGACUCUGGUUCGGAGGACGACAGUGGCUCUCUGGCCAGCCUCAGGACCUCCACCCUGGGCCCAGAGAGGAAGGGAAGCACCCCUGGGAGCCCUCGCGCCGUCAAGAGGGGUGUGUCCAUGUCGUCCAUCAGUUCUGAGAGUGACUACGCCAUCCCACCUGAUGCCUACUCCCUGGACUCUGACUACUCUGAGCCGGAACACAAAGUCCAGAGAACAUCCUCAUACUCCUGUGAGAGCCUGCGAGAGCCCGAGAUGCUGGAGAAGUCAGGGUACCUGCUGAAGAUGGGCAGUCAGGUGAAGGCUUGGAAAAGACGCUGGUUCAUCCUGAGGAACGGAGAGAUACUCUACUACAAGUCUCCUAGCGAUGUUAUACGGAAGCCUCAGGGUCAGAUGGAGCUGAACUCCUCCUGCAGGAUCGUUCGUGGAGAAGGAGCACAGACAUUCCAGUUGAUAACGGAGAAGAAGACGUUCUACCUGACGGCUGACUCUCCCAACAUCUUAGAGGAGUGGAUCAGAGUUCUACAGAACAUUCUCAAGGUCCAGGCCAGCAGCCCCGUCCCAAUGGAGACCACUGGAGCCAAACCCACCGUGAGGGGCUGGCUCACUAAGGUGAAGCAUGGUCACUCUAAGCUGGUGUGGUGUUCUCUGGUCAGCAAGGUGUUUUAUUACUACAGGAACCAGGAUGACAAGCUCCCCCUAGGCCAGCUACGGAUGCGCGAGGCGGCGGUGGAGGAGGUGGACAGGUCAUGUGACUCAGACGAGGACUACGAGGCCAGUGGGCGUGGCUUCUUGUCGUCCCACUGUACGCUAGUGGUGCACCCCAGAGAGCAGAGCCCCACCUACCUGCUCAUAGGUACCAAGCAAGAGAAGGACACCUGGCUGUAUCAUCUGGCGGUGGCAGCAGGCAGCAGUGCCAGCUUCAAGGUGGGCACAGAGUACGAGCAGUUAGUCGGGAACCUACUGGACGUAGAGGGUGACCCAGACUCUGCGUUGUGGAGGAGUGGGGUUCUAUGUUUCUGUAAAGACGGCCUGCGCUCCCCUCUCACCACUCUCCCCUCUGAAGCUUUGCAGACUGAAGCCCUCAAACUCUUCAAGUCCUGUCAGCUAUUCAUCAACGUGCUGGUAGAGUCUCCCUCCAUCGACUACCACACAUCCCUUGCCCAGAAUGCAUUGCAGGUGUGCCUGACGCACUCCGAGCUCCAGAACGAGAUGUACUGUCAGCUGAUCAAGCAGACCAACCGACGCACGCCACACAACUACUCCCUCACUCAGUGCUGGCAGCUGUUGUCUGUGUGUGUGGCUCUCUUUCUGCCUCAGCAACACUUCCUGUGGUACCUCAGACAGUAUCUGCAGCGUCAUGCAGACCCCAGGAGUGAGGUGGGGAAGUAUGCUGUGUACUGUCAGAGGUCUGUAGAGCGUACCCUGCAGAAUGGAGAGAGAGAGGCAAAACCAUCACGUAUGGAGGUCCUGUCUAUCCUGCUGAGGAACCCUUACCACCACUCACUACCCUUCAGCAUCCCUGUCCACUUUAUGAACAACACCUACCAGGUUGUAGGCUUCGAUGGCUCCACCACGGUAGACGAGUUCCUGACCACCCUGACCCAGAGGGUAGGCAUGAGGAAACCACACCUGUCUGGCUUCGCCCUCUUCACUGACGACCCCUCGGGGAAAGACCUGGAGCACUGCCUACAGCCCAGCGUCAAGAUCUGUGAUGUCAUCUCCAAGUGGGAACAGGCCCUGAAAGAACUGCAUCCUGGGAAAUAUGAGGGGACACGCAUCGUCCGUCUGACAUACAAGAGCAGGUUGUGUUUCCGGGCCCAGGCUAAAGGGGAAACGGACCGUGAGCGCCUCCUGCUAGCAUACCAGGUGAAUGACGAGGUUCACCAGGGACACUUCCCCAUCAACAAGGAGUUGGCUCUGGAAGUGGCUGCUCUCAUGGCUCAGGUAGAACAUGGUGACCUGGACCGUCCGGCCCCCUUCUCCCCCAGCAGUAGCUCCUCUCCUCAGCCUAAAGCCCAACAGAUCUCCCCUAGCUGCAACUCCCCUCAGCCCAAAACCCAACAGAUCCUCGUACAGGCCCUGGAGCGCUUCUACCCCAAACGCUACAAACAGGACUGCAGCAUGGACCAAUUCAGAGACCUAUCAGAGCGCCUGGCCACUAAGUGGUCAGUCCUGCGUGGCUGCAGUGCCUCAGAGUGUGUCAGAAUCUACUUGACCGUCGCUAGGAAGUGGCCGUUGUUCGGUGCCAAGCUCUUCAGUGCGAAGCCUAUACCUCCCUCGUCUGUGGAGCAGUCCCAGGUUUGGCUAGCCGUCAAUGAGGAUGGACUGUGUGUGCUUGACUAUACCAUGCACCUUCUGGUCAUGUACUCCUACCAAUCAGUGAUCACCUUUGGCGGUUGCCGUGACGACCUGAUGGUGGUAGUGAGCCAGACCAAAGAGCAGGGUGGAGGGAAGAAGAGUGUGGAGAAACUGGUCUUCGCUAUGGCUAAACCCAAGAUCCUGGAGUUGACUCUGUUAAUGGCCAACUAUAUUAACUACUGGACCCCCGUCCUCCCUGGGGCCCAGCACCAGUCCCCAGGACCCUGCUCUCCUCUGGGGCCCCGUGGGGAUGGGGCUGAGGCCGGGAAGAUGUGGGACGUGGAUAGCAGACACUUUCCCUCCAUGACCUACACAACCAAAGGACCCACUCUACUGUGAAUACAGAAACCACAAUCAACCCCCUGUUCCAGUGCAUCUUUGGAAAAACAGGGUCAUGUUCCUUAGCCAAUAAAUGGAAGAAAACUGACUGAAACAAGGAGGAUCUAUACCUGGACUUGUCAAAUAAGAAAUGCUCAUUUUUGUUUUCCAUUUCAAAUGGUUUUGCGACAGUGUACCCUACUGAACAUGAUCCAGGACUGAGAAACUACAGGGGAUUGUGGGAGUUGUGGUACAGAAGAUAUUCUGCUCCACAUACAUUACGUUACACCUGAAAAUGGCCAUUGUUUUAUUUUGCCCUCAUUCCCUCUGGCCGGGAGUGGAUUCUGUUGCAUAUACAUAUGACAUUUCUGUUUAACCACGAUGAAUGGGAGAUCGUCAUUUGUGGACGGGACAAUAGAUCAAAGGGUUAACAGUUAGUCGGAAGAAGUGGGAGAGGAUAUCGUUUGUGGUUCAUAUGAAGAUGUCGCUCUUCGAAUGUUUGUGUUUUAGUCUUUAAAUUGUUGUAUUUAUUCCUGUAACAAGAGUGUUCACCUCUGCUUCAUUUACAAAAAUAUGCUCACGUUUGGGGACUAUUUGAAAAACAAUUGAGCCUUGAAAAAGGAGAUUUACAGUGUGGGAUCAGCAUAAAGGACCAACACACACACACACACACACACACACACACACACACACACACACACACAACUUGUUGACCAUGGCAGUCUGGCCAUUAUCUAUACAAUGAGAAAUAACCUUAAUAGCUGGCAGCUUCUCCCUCAUUUAAACCUUAACUCUCCCACACCGCCACCCUUGUCUGUCCCAGACAGUGUAUGCCAAAUGGCACCCUAUUCCCUUUAUAGUGCACUAUAUAGGGAAAAGGGCUCCCUUUGCAAUGCAUCCACUGUCUUUUUUUUAAGGGGAAAAGGCUGUUUAAAAAAAGAGGAAAAUACUGUUGAUUUCUUUUGGCUCUUUGGUACCUAAUGUGGAUUGGACUAACGUUAUUUAACAUUAAACCAGUACAAAAUAAUUAUAAUAUACGAGAAAUCAAAUUGUACUUGAUUUUUUUCAUCAAACAAUUGUACAAAAUGUCAGACUUUUCUAGAAAACACCAGGCCAGGGCCUGAGGAGGAACCAUCAAAGCUCUAUAACGUAUAAUAACAAGUGAUGAUUGUACCAUUCUGACCAAGCAAUGUUUUUAUAACCAUUUGGACCACAUAAUGGUUAUCAAUCUUUUUUAAAGAUUAUAGUGAAGAAUAGAGAUGGAAUAUAAUGUAUGAUGUGUCUGUCAGAUGUAUGAAGUAAGUCAUUGGGUGGCAUGUUCCUACUGAAGAAGCAGCAGCUAUUCUUCCUGGGGUCCACACAAAACAUAGAACAUGACAUAAUACGGAACACUAAUGGACAGGAACAGCAACAGCAACACAAAUGUAAACGAAUAACGCUACGACUAUACAAUACAAUGGAAGGUAAUGAGAACUCAGCCAGGUAGGACGGAUUACAUGGAGAGGUCCAGCCACAUACGACUGGUACAAUUACAGAUAUUCAAAUGUUAUUAGUGACUUGAAUUGUUUUGGAUCAAACCACUUGUUUUUUUGUACUUAUUUAUUUCAUUUCCAGCAUUUUGUGUCUUUUUUUUGUAUGCUGUAAAUUAUGUUUGGCAGAACUGUUAGGUUUUCAACUGAAACAUUCAAAACUGACAAUGACUUUGUCUAAAGUAGCUGAAUAAUUUAACUUGACAGUUUUACACUGUAUGAAUGCAGUAUGAUUUGUGAAUUUGGGAUGUUAGGUCAUUGAAACCAGAUUAUAUACGAUGUGCUUAGCUGUUAUGAGAUUCUGUGUUUAAAAUCAAAUAAACCGUACAAUCUACACAA